UAUCUUUAUAUAUGUAUGUGCUCUUUCAUUAGUAAAAAAAAAAAUAAUAUUCUAAUUUAGGUACACUAUGGUGUAUCUCGCGUCGAUAAGGCUAUUCAUCGAGAUAUCGAGGUUACAUGGAAAAUUGAGCUCACAUUAAAAUUAAAUCAAUGUGUAUUUUUCUAAUUUAAAUUAUAAAUUCAAUUAGUCAAAUGCACUUCCCUAAAUUAAACUUUUCUAUUCUUGACAAUUCCCUAUUCUCAAACAGCAUUCAGAAUAGAGGGUUUGCCUGGUUAAAAGCUCGCGUUAUUAUGGCCGACUACAUAUGGCACUAUGAAUACAAUUCUUGUUUCCCGCAAUUCAUCGCAACAGUUAAUUAAUAAUCGUUUGAAGGAGUAUUUCGAUCAUGGAUCCAGAACGGAACGACAAUAAUAUUUACGAUCUCGUAACGCAGUUGAUCGAACAUACGGUGCGAAAGAAUUUGUUUGAGAAUGGAAAUUUCUAUAUGCCACCGAGGAACGAUAUUAAGAUAGUGAAACGUUUACGUUCAAGAACUUAUGAAAUAUUAUUAAACAAGAGUAAAAAAAUAUACAGCCAAGAAAAUGUAAUCAAUUCUGAAACUGAUCCCUUGGUGGAGAUAUUAAAGUAUGCCUUUGUACUCAAACUGUCCCUCAGACGUAUGUCAGAAGCAGAAAAGCUGGAAAAUUUAGUAAACGAAUUGUACAUUAACACGGUUAAUAUAGAAACUGUGCUUCCAAUUUUAAGAUUGCUGAUAGAACUUAAAAAUUUUCAGGCUGAUACAGGCACUGUACUGAAUGUAUUUCACUAUGGUAAAACCAAUCCUUAUUUGCCUGAAGACAUUACGUCCACAAAUGGUGUACCAAUGUUUCAAACAUAUCCCAUGGAAUCCUUUAUCUUGCCAGAGAAGUUUGAGGCCAUGUUGGGCAUUCGUAAAACUUCUACUAGGCCAAACAAACAUGAAUUGACUAAUUUUGUUAGUAGAGUAUCCUUUGAAAAUCAACAUAUAUCAAAAACUGUACUAGGAAUCGGAACAAUUAGGUAUAAUAAUGCUAUUGAAAUGGCUCCUUGCAUAUCGAGUUGUACUGAGAGUACAGUAAAACAAAAUAAUAUAUUUACUCCCUUUUCCACAAGCAUUAUGGUUGAACAAACAAAUAUGCUAUAUUCGUCUACACAAAGAUUUAUAUCGAAUGUAACUUUACCUUGCGAAUGGAUAAAAUCUGUAGAUUUUCAAAAUGAAAAUAAUUUGUGUGUUAUGCAUGCGUCGGAUAAUUGCAAUUUUAUGGAUGAAUCGGAACAUGUUAGAAACAUUAAUCUAAUAUGGAAAGAUGUACACAUUUCCAAUGAUCAUAUCUCAAAAUUACGAACGUGGGAAUCUUUCGGAGCUUCAGAGUCUUCCAAACAAUUACUAUUUGUUACUGAUUUGCCAGAGACAAUGCUGCACUUGGCGAGGAUAAGAGAAACAAGUAUUUUAUCAGUACUACCAAAAAAGGCAAUGCAUUCCAUAUCCCUUAUGCAAGAAAUUUCCUUCAAAAAAUUUAUAUCAGAUGUUAAAUUGUUGUUAUUUGGCAUAGAUUCAGAUUCUUUUAAGUAUAAUACUGUGAUAGGAUUUAAAUUGGAGGAAAAUAUUAGUGUGCAUGGUAUAAGCUCGGAUACAUUGAAGAUUACUUGCCAAGAAGCGAUUUGUUGGGGCAAUAGUUUCAAGUCCCUAUUACUUCUUGUCACGCCUGAUCCACAAACGGGCAAGUUACAACAGGAUGGUCUUAUAUUCAAAGCGAUGUGUGCCAAUGUCAAAGAGCUGCUCUUAUAUUAUCGGUCGGCGUUGCAAAGAGUUCUCAACCAAUAUGAAUUUGACGGAUUGUUAAGCCUCUUGAAAAAGAUUCGUCCACUGGCACUCUUAAUUGUUGAGGUUGCAAGACUGUGCGAUCACUGCAAUCACAGUCAAUGCAACUUAGCCAACGGAAUUUUAACGCACAUUUAUAAAGAAGUGACCAAAGUCACUAAUCCAAAGGUUGCGUUAGUGUUUUACUCUAUAUUAAAGUCGUGCUGCGAAGUCUAUUUUCGAUUGCUGCAAAACUGGUUAUUCGAAGGAACAUGCGACGAUGUUUAUGGAGAAUUUAUGAUUCAGUCUCGAUCUCAUAAUCUACGAAAGAGAGGACGUAAAUUUUGGACGGACAGCUUUACAAUCGAUACCGAAUCAAUACCCGGUUUUUUAUCCAAACUAUCAGAGCCGAUAUUGCAAUGCGGGAAGACGCUGCGACUUUUAAAAAUUUGUAACCCAAAGAAUCCUGUAUGCAUUGUGUCUUUCAAUGCUCCACCGGAAGUAAGGGUUUGUCUGAGUGUGUCCAUGCUGCGAGAACAGAUGCUAAGAUGUCAGGAAUAUAAGCGUGAAGGUGAAGCGGCAUUGGGACCAAUUGUAUCUCUUCUGUCCGCGAUUCAAGAUGAAAAGAAAACCGAGAGGGAAACAGCUGAACUAGUGAUACGCGCGCAACAGGAAACGUUAUCGAGGCUGAAUAAAGAACGUGAAGAACUUGUCGCGAAGGCAGCGCAACGUAAACGAGAGUUAUUGCAAGAAUUGAAACACCAGGCAGAAGAGAGUGUUUUGUUUAAAGAAAAGAAAAAGGAGUUGGAAAUGCUAGCUGAUAAAUUAUUGCUCGAAAAACUUGAUCGAGAGCAGGAAGAAAUACGAGAGCAACAACAGGUCGAGCGUAAACAUCUUACAAAUUACUAUGACAAAUUGACCACUGACCUAGAGAGCAAUCGUAUACGAUCAAAUUGGCGGAAGGUGAGAAUGAGUCAUUUCGAAAGACGCGUGGAACAUUUGAAAUCUACAAGAAAACUCGAUAGAGAAAUACCGGAAAGUAUCGCCACACUAAAUUCGGAUGAAAAAAUAAUUAAUACUGACGAACAAAAUAAAAAUAUUCCUAUUCCAUCCAGCAUGGGCGUGUCUACAUCUGAAGUGGAAGUUGUGUCUAAUCAAGAUGAAAAUAGUAACUUUUCAGAAAAUAAAAUAUUGGAUAUAGCGACAAUAGAUGUUUCUAAUCAGGACGAUAUUAAGGAAAAUUUAUCAGUUGCCAGUAUUGUGAGCUCUGAUAUCUCAUCUAGCAAUACCAAUAAGGAUAUUGUAUCGGAUGAGAAAAUUACAAGUAAGGAUUCUCUUACGACAGUGGACAUACAGAACAAACAUUUACCGCAAGAAUCUUUACAUAUCUACAAGAGAAACAACGAAAAGAGCAGUCUGCAGGAUUUUCUACGUGAUGAAGCAAUGAAGAAUAUUCGUACGAUUAUAAACGAUAAACAAAUGGCUGCAGUUGAUACUCGUUUAAAUAAUAUCUUGGAAAACGACGACAUUACUGAGAAAUUGGUUGGUACUAUUAAUAGGCCUAAAUCCUUAGCUAUUGAAAGGAUAGAUAAUAUGAGCAUGGCACAAACCAACAAACUUAAAGUAUUGUUGCAAGAAUACGGUAUGACUCCGAAUAAUAAUGAGCUCAGUGCGAUACUCACAGAUAAACAAGGUAACGUUAAUUGUACAAAUAUAAACUGCAAUAACGAAGUCACUAAUGAGCAAAGUUUAGGCAAUACGAAGGAAAAUGGGAAUAAUAAUGUCUCUCCAACAUCCGAUAUCAAAUUGCCGGAAGAAGAAAUGAAGAUUACGAACAGGCCUAUAAAUAAUGAAGAACGUUCAAAUAAGAUUAAUGAUGCAAAUUUUAAAGAGCAAGAUCCGAUAUUAAAUAAUUUGCAACGACAAAAUAACAUAGAUACGCCAAUGUCAUGGACGACUGACAAUUUUACCACAUUAUCGACACAUACUCCUCUGUCGCAGAUACCAAACAGUGAUGAUAUAUUCGCUCUAAACGUCGGUCAAGAAUCAUCUUUAUCUGACAUGACAAAGUCAAUUAUGACGGAGGGGACAUACUUUGAAUCUCCGAUGAGUGGUAAUUUUAAAUUGCCGAAUCUGUUUGGCAUUAUUGGUCCCGAUGUAAAAUCAUCGUCGGCCUCAUCGUCGUCUCUAACUAUAGCCGAUGUCGAGAUGAUCGAUCAUACCUCGCUCCAGGUAUAUUUAGAAAAAUCCAUCAUCAUUCCUUUGCAGAUACAAACUCGGCUGGUUAACAACGCGAUUAUCAAAUAUCUAGUGAACGAAUGCAACAUGCUUUCGCAUUUGCACAGUCUACGCAGUUACUUUUUUCUAUUGAACGGCGAAUUCGCAAAGAGUCUAACGGACUCGCUUUACUCUCGCCUUUACACAAUAUCCGAGCCGAUCGAACUCUUCAAUUCUGCCACUCUUACGAAUCUCUUGGAAAAGGCGCUAAUGAAUUCAUUCAGUAAUAAUUACGCUAAUUCGGAACUCUUGAGUCUUUCCGCUAUCGAUCAACCGUGCCAGUUAUAUAUCUCAGAUCCAAAUGUUUUGGAAUGUCUUUGCCUAAACUAUAAAAUAGCAUGGCCGUUGAAUAUUAUCUUGGACGAUACGAUGAUGUUGCAAUAUAGCAAAGUGUUUAAAUUCCUAAUAACGACUGGUAGAAUGUCGUGGGUAUUGCAGGAGGACUUUAAUAUAAUGAAGUUAGAACGUAACGUAGUCAACUCGGAGCAAUAUCACAAGUUGCAAUUGUACAGACAUUCCAUGACCCAAUUCACGAAUGCUCUUCACAAUUAUUUAACGUGUAGCGUGUUGCACGCAAGUUGGAGCGAAUUCGAAAAGGAUUUACAGAAUUCUCGGACGAUAGAUCAGAUCUAUCUCUCGCACGUAAACUACAUUAAAAGAAUACUUUCGAGAUGCAUGCUUCACACGCGCGGAGAAAAGAUGCGCGUGUGCUUAAUCAAUAUCUUUAAGAUCAUACUAAAGUUUCACAAUCGCUUAAGAUCGCAAGCUUGGAGGAUCGAUAGUGAUAAUACAAGCCGAUACAGUCAUCCGAAUUUCAAAAGUUUGGAGCAGAUGUAUCGAUCGUUUUGCGAAUGGCGGACAUAUAUGGCGCACGUCGCGCACAAAUUUUCCACCAGUGGAUAUCAGCCGCACCUGACGCAUUUUCUUAACGCUUUAAAUAUAAAUCAUAUGUAUGAUUUAACGGCAAAACAAUAGUACAUAAAAAUUCGUUCUCACUUCUGUUUUCUUUUACAAUCGAUAUAUCGAGUGUAAAAAGAUAUAGAUUCGGAUUUGCCACAAACGAAUAGUUUUAUUGAGAGAAUAAUUGACCUUAAAGUAUCGACGCCAUACGCUGGAUGUUUAUUCAAGUUUUCUCCACCUUUAGUAAUUACUUCAGGAUUUAUGACGUUUCCAACUGAUUUCGACAUUUUCGAGGCUUUAUCAUCCACAGCGAAUCCGUGCACGAACAGCGCGCUUUGAAAUAAUAUAGGUUUCUUAGUUCGCCAAUCAUAUGGGUAGCUGUGUGUAAUCGUAUCGGUAUGCAACACAUCUUCACCAAUGUGAUGUAAGAUCUUAUUAGUGCCAUCGGUUAAGACGUCUAAACCGGCGAAUUCAUCACCCGUUUCUCUGAUGAAACAUCCAUCGUCAUCUACCAGAGAUGACUGUAACAUUAACGGCGUUAAAUUGAAUGCGAUUCGAAUAAAAUUUCACUGAAAUAAAUGAAAAUUAAUCACA